GGGGAAGAGUGUGUCUGAUGGAGCACUUGGAUUCAGCUCCUUUAUUUCCAACAUGGAAGAAACUUACAUCGACUCCCUAGACCCUGAAAAGCUAUGCCCCUAUGAUAAAAACCACCAGAUCAGAGCCUGCAGAUUUCCUUAUCAUCUUAUCGAGUGGAGGAAGAAUCAUCCUGAUGUUGCAAACAAAUUGACUACUUGUCCCUUCAAUGCUCAUCACCAGGUUCCUCGGGCUGAAAUCAGUCAUCAUAUCUCAAGCUGUGAUGACAAAAGUUGUAUUGAGCAAGAUGUUGUCAACCAAACCAGGAACCUUGGACAAGAGACCCUGGCUGAGAGCACAGGGAAGUGUCCUCCUUGCGAUGAAGACUGGGAUAAAGAUUUGUGGGAACAGACCAGCACCCCAUUUGUCUGGGAUACAGACAACUACUGUGGCAACAACAGCUCUGCAAGCAACGUAGUCAUGGAACGUAAGAGUAACCUGGCUUCAGGCAUGCGAGUUCCCAAAUCUUUGCCGUAUGUUCUGCCAUGGAAAAACAAUGGAAAUGCACAGUAACUGAAUAUCUCAUCAAAUGGCAGAUCCUAGAAGAUUCUUU